ACGGCCCCUCACGGUGGUGCCUGGGCGAUGCGAUGCUGUUGCUGUGGGUUUGAUUGACAGGAAACAUGUCGGUGUGGUGGGAGAGAACCGGGAUGCAGCUGCUGCCUAGGGAGACAGGGAGUACCUGCAUCCAGUCCGCACAUCAGCACCUUUAAAACCAGCAGGCUUUUCCCCGAUGCGUCUACUUAUGGUGCGCUGAACAGCUUCUUCUUGUUCUUUUCUUUUUUUCCCCCCCAAACAUACAUUUGAAAGAAGUGGAACCCAAUGGAUGCAGACCGCGUAGUCCCGCUUGGUAUCUUCAUACUGUGUUUGAUUUAGCCCACAACCAGAGACACCUUGAUGAAACAGCAGGAACUACGAGGACUGUUGUUGCAAUGGAGUCGAUUCUCUCACGGCUCAAAGCCCGUCUCUAAACCUUCAACAUCUCGUUUCAUGGCGUUUUGCAGGUUGCUCCGUUCCGUGGGUUUCACCACGCUCUUUUCGUGAAUAAUCAUCAAUAUUUUUCCCCCUUGUUUUUGAAUUAAUUCAUUCCUUUUUUGUUAAGUGCAACGGAAAAAUAACGUCCACUGUUCACAAAACUAUGAACGAGGAGAUGACAAAAAGCGAGGAGCAGCAUCUUAGUUUGCAGAAAGCCUUGCAGCAGUGCGAGUUGGUGCAAAAUAUGAUAGACAUAAGCAUUUCUAGUUUGGAGGGUUUACGGACCAAAUGUGCCACAUCCAACGACUUGACACAAAAAGAGAUACGAACGCUUGAGGGGAAGUUGGUAAAGUACUUCAGCCGCCAGCUGUCCUGUAAGUGCAAAGUGGCCUUAGAGGAACGCAGUGCCGAGCUGGAGGACUUUCCUCGCCUCGGCCACUGGUUCCGCAUUGUCAACUUGAGGAAAGAGGUCACACAGGAAAUGAGUCCAGGUGAGGUGACCCUGGAGGGCUUGCUGGAGAUGAGCGAGGAGCAGGUGUGUGAGCUGCUGCAAAAGUUUGGUGCCAGUGAAGAGGAGUGUGCCCGUCUCAACGCUUCCCUCUCCUGCCUCAGAAAGGCCCACCAGCUCGAACAACUUGAGGAGGAUAAAUUGCACAAUAAUGGAGGGAGCCAGACCAAACAGGACUGGUCCAUUCAGUGGCCCACAUCAGAAUCUGGCAAAGAAAACACUCCGGUGUGCCAGCCAGAGGCCAGUCAGUGGAUUCGGUUCCAGCUCUCUCAAAGCCCCAAAGUCCAGUCCAAGUACAACCAGCACAUGUGCCACAGCCCACAGGCCCUGGCCCCCCCUUUGUAUGCCGAUCGACUCACUGUCGACAGCCCCUCUUCAGGGCUCUUCCCUCCCUUGGACUCUGGUCAUCGCUCCCUGCCCCCAUCACCCCGCCAGAGGCAUUUUGGUCACACCCCUCCUCGGACUCAUUUGGUGGUCAACACCAUGACCCCACCUGGCACUCCUCCCAUGCGGCGAAGGAAUAAGGUGAAGGCCCCAGGAACACCACCUCCGCCAAGCCGCAAACUUAUCCAUCUUUUGCCAGGCUUCACCGCUCUGCACCGCAGCAAAUCCCAUGAGUUCCAGCUGGGGAACCGCUUGGAUGACACACAGACACCAAAAGCCAAGAAGAAGACCAAGCCCUUGAACCUUAAGAUCCACAGCAGUGUGGGCAGCUGUGAGAACCUGCCCACACAGCGCUCACCCCUCCACACUGAACGAUCUCUGCGAUCCUUCUUCUUCCCCUCUUUCAUCCCUUCUACACCACCUGUUCAUGCUGAAACACCCUCUGCAA